AAUUUGUAAAUAGAAACACGUUUUCAUAGGUCAAACAAAGUUGACUUAAAAUGUCUGUUAGCCUAGGUUGUGUUUUAUGCCAUUGAAAUUGUUUUCUAGUCGUAUAAUGUUUUACAAAGCAUUAUAUCUCAUUUCUUAUCGUUAUUCCUCCAUUUACCUAUCUGUUAUUUGAAUCUCUUGUCCACAUGUCAUUAUGAAUCAAAAUCCUGAAUCUCAACCAAAAGAAUGGUUUCCUUCUCGUAUCAUUUCUGGUGAGGAACAUAUUGCAUUAUUGAUUUUGAAUCAGCCUCUUCAAGAAGAAUGUAAAUAUUUUGUGAAAAGAAAUUGGCAAUCUGCACUAGUUCAUGUUGGUGUAGAUGGUGGUGCAAAUCAACUGAAAGAGCUUUGUGAUGAUGAAUUCCCUCUUAUACCUGAUCUCAUUUGUGGAGAUUUUGAUUCUGCAACUCCAGACGUCUUAGAAUUUUAUAAAUCUAAGGGUGUAUCUAUUGUUCAUACCCCAGAUCAGGAUGAAACCGACUUCACUAAAGCUUUAAGAUUAACAGAUAUGUACUUAAAGGAUAGGAAAAUUGAGGUUUCAUCAAUUAUAGCAGUUGCAAGAAAUGGUGAUCGAUUGGAUCACAUAUUGGGAAAUCUAAACACUUUGUAUCAAGCUGAUGAAAUAACUUCAGUUCCGGUUCUGAUAUUAGGAAACAAUUCUUUAACUUGGCUUUUAUCUGUUGGAUUUCAUAAAAUUUAUGUCACAGAAAAAAUGAUGGAAUCUCAUGUAGGACUUAUUCCUCUUGGAUCUGCAUGCAAAAAUGUUACUACCACUGGACUGAAAUGGAAUUUGACAAAUGACAAAAUGAAUUUUGGUGGAUUGAUUAGUACUUGUAAUAUGUUUGAUGGCAGUAAUGUAGUAACAAUAGCAACUGAUACUCCCUUGAUCUGGACUAUGGAAGUUACAAUGGAUAAAUUUUAGAUCAGUAUCAACUGAGAGAAAAUAGAUUGUGCUUUUUAUGCCUUUUAUGAUUCAAAAAAGCCAAUACAUUUUUUUUGACUAUUCAGUAUUUAAUUCUAAAAGUAUGUGAUGAUGCAGUAAACAUUCAUUCUUUAUAAAUUGAAUAUUCAAUAUUUUUGUAUAUAACAUUCAAUAAUUUUUUUUACUAAAAUUUUUAUAAUUUGGCAUUUUGUACUUUAAGUUGGUAAUGUAGUGACCUUUUGAAAUAUGAAAGAUUGUUAUUCACUUAUGUGCUAUGAAGAUACAUUCUGAAAGAUUUACAUUGAAGAAUGAGACUGUGAUAGUUGUUUGAUAAUGAAAUUAGUUUAAUGAGAUAUUGGUUUUGUUUACCUUUUUUCAGGUUUUAUUUCUAGUCUAUUUAUUUUUUACUUAAUAUAGUAUUCCAUAUGAAUAUUGUUUAGUAUUAUAUUCAUCAAAAUUAGCAAAGAGUAUUACUUUUGGUUAAUAUUCCAGUGAAUGCUUUGUUACAAAUGAUACUUUUUAUUUUAAAUCUUAGUUAUUUUAGUGAUAUUUUUAUUGUAUGAAUGUUUUGCCUUAGUAAUAUUUUUUAUACUUGCCAACAUUUUAUUUU